GCCGUAACGGUCGCAGAGGCGGGGCCCCAGGCAGCGGAGCCGGCCCAGCUGGGCGCGCUGCUGGUGGGAGACGGGCGGCCGCGGAAGAUGAAGAUCCAGUUUCAAACGUGAGAUUCGAAAUCAACUUGAAUGACCAGAUAAAAAGUGCAGGAGGAAUGUGCUGUGACUGAGUGCUACAAGAGCAUAUAACGAGAACCUGAUCUAGUCAUGGAAUCAGGGGAGAUUUCCCUGAAGAAGGAAAUUUGAGCUGACAUCAGAAGGCAACUCAGAAUUUUUCACUGCCAGUCUCUACUUCUUUGGUUCUGCAAAGGAAAACUGUAUCUCCAGCAGCCCCUCAAGUCCAGCAGUCCAGUAAAUCAUCAAACAGACUCAUGACUGAAAAACAGCAGGAAGAAGCAGAAUGGGAGAGCAUAAAUGUGCUGUUGAUGACGCAUGGCUUAAAACCUUUAGUUCUAGUCAAAAGAACAGAUCUUAAAGAUCUCAUCGUUUUUGACAAACGGUCAUCACAAAGGAUGAGACAGAACUUGCAAACGUUGAUGGAAGAAACAGCGCGUCAACAGAAUGUGAUCCAGGAGCUCAUAGAAACUAAUCAGCAGCUUAAAAAAGAACUUCAACUAGAAAAAUGCCGAGCAGUAGAUCAGGAACAACGAGCUAAUGACUUGGAAGAAAUAAUGGAGGGUGUGAAAUCUAAAAUUGGUGAAUUGGAGGAUGAAUCCAUAAAUAGAGUUUGCCAGCAGCAGAAUAAAAUGAAAGAUCUUCAAAAGGAGCAUAAAGCUUUACAGGCAAAAUGUCAGCAUUAUAAGAGAAAACAAAUGGAACAACAAGAGGCUAUUGCUUUUUUGCAAAAGGAUAUCUGUAGAUUAUCAAAGGAGGAGGAAGAGCGCAUUGCCACUCAAAACAGAGUAUUUUCUUAUCUCUGCAAAAGAGUUCCUCAUACCAUCUUGGAUAGACAGUUGCUUUGCCUAAUUGACUACUAUGAAUCCAAAAUUAGAAAACUUCAUAAACAAAGGCAAUAUAAAGAAGAUGAAAGUCAGUCGGAAGAAGACUACAGCAGCCUUGAUGCCUCACCAACUUAUAAAGGCCUUCUACUGUCAUUACAGAAUCAACUGAAGGAAUCAAAAUUUAAGAUUGAUGCACUUUUAAGUGAAAAGCUGAAUCUCCAAAAAGAUUUGGAAACCAGGCCCACACAGCAUGAAUUAAUACUUUAUAAACAACAGGUGAAGAAACUGGAGAAAGCCCUAAAGAAAAGCAUCAAAUUACAAGAUUGUCUCAGUCAAAAGACUGAGGACACAGAGAAAAAAGAUGACCCCCGCAAAGAUAACCAGCAGCAGGCCCUAAUAGACCAGAGAUGCUUUCAGGUACUGAGUAGCAUCAAUUCAAUUAUUCACAAUCCAAGAGCUCCAGUAAUACUUUAUAAACAGAGCAAAGGAGGAGUCCAACAUUUUAAUAAAAAUUUUGAUCAAGAUUGUGGAUUUGAGCAUCUUGUUCCUAUCCUAGAAAUGUGGGCAGAUCAACUGACUUCCCUGAAGGAUUUGUAUAAGUCCUUGAAAACACUAUCUGCAGAAUUGGUGCCUUGGCAUAAUUUAAAGAAGCAGGAUGAAAAGGAAGGUAUCAGAGUUGAAGAUCUAUUGUUUAUAGUAGAUACCAUGUUGGAAGAAGUUGAAAAUAAGGAAAAGGACAGGAACAAACCAAACUUUAAAACUUUGCAAGCUAUUGUUUCUCAUUUCCAAAAAUUAUUUGAUGUGCCUUCUUUAAAUGGAGUCUAUCCCCGAAUGAAUGAAGUUUAUACUAGGCUUGGAGAACUGAACAGUGCUGUGAGAAACCUCCAAGAACUCUUAGAAUUAGAUAGUUCAUCCUCAUUGUGUGUGCUGGUAAGCACAGUUGGAAAAUUGUGUAGGAUGAUUAAUGAGGAUAUGAAUGAACAGGUUAUGCAGGUAUUGGGACCUGAGGACCUCCAAAGCAUUAUCAUCAAAUUGCAAGAACACGAGGAAUUUUUUCCAGCGUUUCAGGCAUUCACUAAUGAUCUACUUGAAAUCUUAGUAUAACAAAUGAUUAUAAAGUGAACACCAUGCAACAACUAAGAAGUAGAACAUCACAAGCACUCCAAAAGGCCUCCCCACCCACCAUUAGAGGUAAGGAAGUGUUUAUUUUGUAAAAAUAGUUUGGUCAUUUUUGUGUGUAUGCCUAAACCAAGGUAGUUGAAUUUUGCCUGUUUUUGAACUUUAUAAAAAUGGAAUCAUAUGUGUAUUUUUAACAUUUCUUAUUUUGGUCAGUACUAUGUUUUUAC